AUGGAACACCUUGCUCUCAUGGAGCGCUGCAUCGGACCGCUUCCCGUGAAAAUGGCAGCCAAGGCAUCGAAACACUCGACCUCGUCCAAGUUUUUCCGUCGUGGGCGGCUCAAUUGGCCUGCUGGUUCGUCGAGUGACGAAAGCGUCGAUCACGUGCGGAGGAUGCGAUCGCUGGCAGAGAUGAUUUCUCGCGAGGACGCUCAGAGUGGUCUGCUCGAGCUGCUGCAGCUCAUGCUGGUGCUGGACCCCGACAACCGAGUGACGGCUCCCAAAAGGGGCUCACGAUAA